AUGGCUAUCACAUUGAAGAACCCUGAGUUGAUUAGAUCCACCCCAUUUAUUAAUGGUGAAUGGUACCAAUCAAAGUCCUCCAAGAGCUUUGAUGUCACCGAUCCUGCUACUGGUGAAUUAAUCAUCACUCUUCCAGAUCAGACUGAAGAAGAAAUUGAUGAGGCUAUCCGCUUGACUCACACCGCCUUCCAUGAUUUUAAGAAGCUGAGUGUUUACGAAAGGUCCAAGUGCUUGAGAAAGUUACAUGACUUGAUGAUUGAAAACUUAGAUGAUUUGGCUCGUAUCAUUACUUGGGAAAACGGUAAAUGUAUGGCUGAUUCUAUUGGUGAAAUCAAAUAUGCUGCGUCUUACUUUGAAUGGUUUGCUGAAGAAGCCAAACGUAUGUAUGGUCAUACUAUUCAACCUACCAACCAAAAUAAUAAAGUACUUACUUUCAAGCAACCUGUUGGAGUUGUUGGUUUGUUGUGUCCUUUCAAUUUCCCAUCUGCCAUGGGUGCUAGAAAAUUGGCUCCCGCUUUUGCUGCAGGUUGUACUACUAUCUUAAAGCCAGAUGGUCAAACUCCAUUGUCAUCCCUUGCCUUGGCUUACUUGGCCGAUAAGGCUGGAUUCCCUAAGGGUACUUUCAAUGUCGUGGUUGUUUCUGUGGAUCACACACCAAUGUGUGGUCUUAAAUUCUGUGAGUCAUCUCUCAUUUCAAAAAUUUCCUUUACUGGUUCAACCCCUGUGGGUAAGCUUUUGAUGGGCCAAAGUGCACUGACUUUAAAGAAAUUGUCCAUGGAACUUGGAGGUAAUGCUCCAGUCAUUAUUUUUGAUGAUGCUGACUUAGACCUUGCUGUUGAUCAAGCCAUUGCUUCUAAGUUCAGAUCUUUGGGUCAAACUUGUGUUUGUGCUAAUAGAAUUUAUGUGCACGCUAAGAUCUAUGAUGAGUUUGCAAAUAGAUUUGCUGCAAAAGUUGAACAAUUCAAGAUUGGUAACGGUUUUGAAGAAGGUGUUACCCACGGAUGCUUGAUUAAUGACCGUGCCAUUGCUAAAGUUGAAGACCACAUUGCCGAUGCUGUUUCCAAAGGUGCCAAAGCCAUUGUUAAAGGUGGUCGUUUACUUGAAUUGGGCCCUCACUUUUAUAAGCCAGCUGUUCUCAUUAACGUUACUCCAGAUAUGAAGGUAUGUCACGAAGAAACUUUUGGUCCAUUGGGUGCGUUAAUUAAAUUUGAAACCAAGGAAGAAGUUUUGGAAUAUUGUAACGAUACACCUUUUGGGUUAUCUUCAUAUGUUUUCACCAAGGACUUGAACACUGUCUGGUACAUGUCAGAAUGGUUACAAUCUGGUAUGGUUAGUGUCAACACUGGUUUGUUCACUGAUGCUGCCUUACCUUUUGGAGGAGUCAAGGAAAGUGGUUUCGGCAGAGAAGGUUCAUUGUAUGGUAUCGAUGAUUACACUGUCAUUAAGUCUGUCACAUUGGGUAACAUCUACAUGUGA